CCGGGGUGCUCCAGCUGCUCCUUUUGGGAUAUUUUCCCACGGAAUCUGGGCUGGGCUUGCCCCCAUUCCCUGCUCUGAGGGGGCAGCAGGGCUGUUCCACUCCUGUCCUCAGCAAGAGAGGGACAGGGAAAGUUUAGGGGCUUUAAGCUGCCCCAGAGAAGGUUUACAUGGGAUUUCAGGUCCUUUUCCUGCCAUUCCAGGGCUCUGUGACUGUCCCAGCACAGAACCGGGGCUGCUCUGUGACAUCAGCCCCAGGCAGGGCUCGGGGGGCCCCAGAGGGGACACGCUGGGCUCUGGCCGCUGUCACAGUGUCCCCAGCAUGGCUCCGCUGUGGCUGCUUGUCCUGCUGGCCCUGGCCGCGCCCUCCUGGGGCACCUGGGACACCUGCGACGGCACCUGCGGGCUCCGCCCCAUGGCCGAAGAGUUCGGGAACGGCGCCGGGGCCGUGCCCGGGGCUUGGCCGGGGCUCGCCAGCAUUCAGGACCCGCGCAGGGCCGGCAGCGGCCACGUCUGCGGUGGGACCCUCAUCAGCCCCGCGUGGGUUCUCACCGCCGCCCGCUGCUUCCUCCACACCAGGUGAGCGGGGCCUCCCGGGACA